UACCAAAGAAGUUUGUUACCUUACUUUGUAUCUGGGUACCAUCCACAUAUCGCAAAAAUUGAUGAAAUCAUUCUGACGAAAACGAAAUGUUACGCAUUCUUCGGGAAGACAGAAGAAGACCUUCAUCUUUACAUAAGGAGGAAGCAGAGACUGGAUGAGAGUGAGGCCAGGAGGUACUUCAAGCAGAUCGUUGAAAGUGUUAAGCACUGUCAUGAAAACAAUAUCAUUGUCAGGGAAAUCAAACUGAGAAAAUUUGUUUUUGCUAACAGUGAUAGAGAACACAUCCUUCUAAGCAACUUGGAAGAAGGAUUAGUUUUGGAAAACGAGAAAAGUGAUCACCUGUACAACAAACAUGGCUGCUUAGCUUACAUCAGUCCGGAAAUUCUUUACUCCUGUGAUGGUUAUUCAGGUAAAGCAGCAGAUGUUUGGAGUCUUGGUGUGAUUUUAUACACAAUGGUUGCAGGGCAGUAUCCUUUCCAUGAUAAUGAAAUAGUUACUUUAUUCAAGAAGAUUCGAAGUGGCUUCUAUAGGCUUCCUGCUUGUCUUUCUCUUGAAGUAAAAUGCCUCUUGAAGAAUCUUCUUCGAUUGGAGCCUUCAUCUAGAAUGUCUGUCGAUGAAAUUUUGUCUCACCCAUGGUUCACUCAAGAUGAGGAGAAGUUGACAAGAUUGCUUAAUAAUUCAUCCGCAAAUUCAGCGUUAGAUGACCAAAUUGUUCCUGUCUGUUCUCAGUCUCUUCUUGAUUUAGAAGAUUUAUUUACAAAUAAUAAUUUAUCAGUAAAAACAGAUUAA